AAAAAUACUUUUUGAAACUGUUUUUAAAAUUUUUAUUUUUUAUUUUAGUAUUUAUUUUUUAUAAAUUUUAAACUCUAAUUCUAAAAUCCCACCCUUUAACUCUAAACCCUAAAGUUUGGAUUAAUUAACUCAAAGGGUAUAAAUGUAUAUUUACCUAUUUAAUGAAACCUAUUUUUGUGACUUUGAGCCUUGAGUGCUAUUUUGAGAACAAAAACUUGGUUUUAUGCUAUCCUAAUCUUUUUCUCUAGAAUAAUUAAAGACCACUUUUUUUACAACGGAAAUUUGGAUCAUUUCUCAAUUUGCGUGGCAAAUCCUUGCACAAAGGCCAUACUACUAUUCUCUAUAUCAUUCUAAUUUUAUUGGAUGUCUCCGAAGGGACAAUAACUAAAUAUCAUUUUUACAAAAUAUUUCUGACAACAAUAUUAUUAAAAUUGAAGCAUAACUAGACUUAGCUUUGAUGUACCGUGUGACAAUACCAAAUUAAAUUUUUAUAUUAACACUCUAUAAUAUAUCAGAUAACAACUUAAUUAGUCAUCUAAUACAACUAAAAAAUAAAAAAUAUUUCUAAAAUAAAAUAACUAUAAAGCUAAUCGUUGCUCAAAAAGAAAAGCUAAUCAUACAAUUUCUUAAGAUUACAAUCUAAUAAAAUCGUAGUGUAUCAUUUGAAAAAAAUACAAACAUACAGUCUUUUAAAAUAUUAGAAUUUAAUAAUUAUCUAAAUGAUUAAAUAAUUUUUAAUUUUAUUAAAUAAUUCUUAACCAACUUUACUAAGUAACAGUUUUUAGUUUUUGUUCUUUAAAUAGCUUCCUAAGCUAACAAACUUAGGUUUUAUUAAAGGGGUAAAUGACAAUUAUAUUCUUAUUUAUAAUUUUUUCUUAAAUAUUUUUAAAAAUUUAAAAUAAAAAUAUUAAAAACUGAAUAAUAAAAAAUGAUUUUUAAAAAAAAAAUUAUUGAUAAAUAGAAGACUUUUAUGAAUGUGUAUAAUGUUUUACUGAACUUUUACAAAGAAACAUUAGGAAUGCCACAUAAACAUGUAACUAGACUCCUUAAAUGUAUUUUUAUGUAUAUUUAUAAAAAUCUUCAUAAAUGUGUGUGACAUAUUCUUGAAUUUAACUUAUAUCUAUAUUUAGGAAAACAUAUUGAAUAUAUAACAUCAUCUUUAUUAUUAUUCUUUUAAUUUUUCAAUCCUAAUUAAUCAAAAAACCAGAAUAGAACUAGAACCGAAUGGAAUACGCAAUUAGUUCGGAUGUUAGCUGGUUCUCAACUGUGUUAUUCAAUCGAACCCGCAGAACCCAAAAUAACCGAACCAAAAUCAAACUGAAUUUUUUAAAUGUUUGAACGGAUCCUAAACCUCUAAAACCUAUGAAUCCAAGAGCCAAAAUAACUGAAUCGGAUUCGAACCCGAAAACCGUACGUCCAUCGCUAACUAAAAUUAUGUAUUUAGUAAGAUGUUAAUAAAAUUAAUCACACGAAGAGUAUAUGAAAACGCGAUGAGGCCAAAAAUGACUUAGAUAUUAUAAGCUGGUGUCUUACCUUAUUAAUUAACAUUGUUGUUAUCCUUAUCUUGUAAAGACGUGCGCUUAUAUCACAAGAAUCGAAAAACAUGUGUGGAAACUAUCAACGUUAACCAAACAUUUAAUCAGGAAGCUCAGUUUCGAACCAAACCAAACUGAACCAAGAAAAUUAACAGAAGCUACAGCACUAAACAUUUAGGUGCUCCUUGUUUGAAGACGGUUAAAUCAAAAACCAGAGGUAUAGUGAACAACUGAACAUACAUAAUCAUAUACGUUAACCAACAGUCCAAGAUCAGGAUAAACCAUAUGUAAAUAAUCAAACAAAUUAAAUAAGCGUGUAAGGAGGAGAGUGGAGGAAACAUGAAUAUUAAAAAAGAUAGGCAUCUUACUCAAAUCCCAGUGUACCUCCGUGUAUAAAUACCGAUCACAUGAAUUCACAUUUUCUGCAUCCAGUAACACUCAAAUCUUAUCAUACACAAACUAAAAAAAGGAUGAAUCCUGUGUUUUACUUCCUUCUUGCCCUAACCGCUGUUUUGGCCGCGACUGCAAACGCCGCCGGACCAAUUUUCGACACUGAUGGUGAUGUCAUAUUCGGCGGCAGCAGUUACUACGUUCUCCCCGCUAUCUGGGGCCCUACAGGUGGCGGCCUGACUCUCUCCUCCCUUGAUGACAAGCAAUGUCCUCUUUAUAUCCAGAAGGAAGAUUCAGAGGUCGAAAGGGGUAUUCCCGUAAAAUUCUCAAACUGGAAGCCUAGAGUUGGAUUCGUUCCCGAAUCAGAGAACCUCAACAUCGAGAUGGAUGUUGCAGCUACGAUCUGCGUCCAGUCAACUUACUGGUGGGUUGCUCCGUCUCACUUGCCCAUUAUGACUUUUUUCAUAGCGGCUGGCCCUAAGCCUGGAGAAGAUUCUUCAAGGAGUUUCUUCCAGAUCAAGAAAACUGGUGGAUUUCAUAAUGGCUACAAAAUUACGUUUUGUUCUGGAGAUGGGGGUUGCGACGAUGUUGGGAUAGCUAGGGACGCAAAUGGCGUUGGGCGUUUGGCUGUAGGAUCUGAGCCAUUCCCGUUUGUGUUCAGGAAAGCUGGUGAGACAGAGACUUCGCCCAAGACGAUGUCUAUUAUCUGAGAGAAAUCAAAGACUAUACAAUAUCAAGAAGAUAAGAGUUUUAACCUACUACUAAUAAUAAAACUCUUGUCUGUGUUCACUGUUUUCUUUUUUCAUCAAUCAUCAUAUAUGGAAUAAAACAUCUUUCCUUUGUUUCUUU